CCUCCGGCUUUGACUUCAUGUGUCUGGGCCUAUAAAUCGAUUUUAGUUGAUAGGAGGGAGCAAAGCUUAGGGACAGAGAUAAGGAUGGCGAUAAGGGGAGGCUUCCUGUGCUCCUUGGCAUGCCUCUUGUCCUCCAUUGCUGUCACUGCAGCUCUGGGAAGGCAGGGUGAUGCCCUCGACAAGCUCCGAAAGGGAGCUACUGUUACUUCGUCUUCCGACUUUGACACGUUCGCCUUCUCCGAUCUUACGUCGAGAUUGUACGCCGAUUCCGGGUCGAAGGAGAACGACCGGAUCGUCGAGCUGCCCGGCCAGCCUGCAGGAGUAGAUUUCGUUCAGUACGGGGGUUAUGUCACCGUCGACGAUCGAAGCGGACGAGCUCUGUUUUACUACUUUGCGGAGGCAGCGGGCAAACAGAGCAGCUCCAAGCCUCUGCUUCUCUGGCUUAAUGGAGGUCCCGGGUGUUCGUCCUUCGGGAUCGGGGCGAUGCAGGAAUUAGGCCCCUUCCGCGUCAUGAGCGAUGGCAGAACUCUCUACAGGAAUCCUUAUGCUUGGAAUUCAGUGGCUAAUGUGUUGUUCCUGGAGAGCCCGGCGGGCGUCGGCUUCUCCUACUCGAACACCACCUCGGACUACAGCAAGAGCGGCGACAAGAAGACAGCAGAAGACGCGUUCGUCUUCUUGGUGAACUGGAUGGAGAGGUUCCCGGAGUACAAAGGCCGGGACUUUUACAUCGCAGGGGAGAGCUACGCCGGCCACUACGUGCCGCAGCUCGCCUACACCAUUCUCCAGAACAAGAACCAGUCCGCGGCCGGAGCUGCCAUCAACCUCAAAGGGAUCGCGAUCGGCAACGCGGUGAUCAACGACGAGACCGACAGCAGAGGGAUCUACGACUUCUUCUGGACGCACGCGCUGAUCUCAGACGCCACCGUGGAGGCAAUCCACAAGUACUGCAACUUCUCCCCCAACGCGGUGAAGGAACCCCAGCAGUGUCUUGACGCUGCGCGUGAGGCCGACCAGGUGUUCGAGGAGCUGGACAUCUACAACAUAUACGCUCCCCUGUGCUUCUCAUCCAAUUUGACUUCCCCUCCAAAGAAGCCUUCGAUCGAGGAUUUCGAUCCCUGUACGUCUAUCUACGUCAACGCAUACCUGAAUGAUCCGGAAGUACAGAAAGCUCUCCAUGCUAACAUCACAAGGCUCAACUACUCCUGGUCUUCCUGCAGCCGUGUAAUAUCGAAUUGGGUGGACAGUCCUUCUACAAUCCUACCAAUAAUUCAGCAAAUUCUAGCUCAUGGUGUACAGAUUUUGGUGUACAGUGGUGAUACUGAUGGUAGAGUUCCUGUUACUUCCACAAGAUACUCUCUCAAUGUACUAAAUCUUCCAAUCAAAUCCCCAUGGAAAUCUUGGACAAUCAACUCUGAGGUUGGUGGGUACACAAUGGUGUAUGAUAGGAAUUUGACAUUUGCCACAGUAAGAGGAGCAGGGCAUGAAGUUCCAAGUUAUCAGCCAGCUCGAGCACUGGUACUCAUCAACAGUUUUCUUCAUGGACUGCAGCUUCCAGCCUGAAGGACACAAGAACUUGACACUUGAUUUCUCAGCAUCAGCAUUAUGUUCACAACAGUGGCAACCCACCACAAAGCCAUAUCAUGCUAAUAUCUAAUGGAAAUGACUGAAAACCCUUGAUGUUAUUUCUAGGGACUAUUUUUGAACAGAGGGCAGAAUUAUCAUGUCAACCCACAACUAGAUUUCUCGAUGCUCAAGAUUGGAAGACGACACUCCUCACAGUGCAUGCACGUACUCCAUCGAAUAAUACAUGGCUUAGAAGGAUAAGACGGUGAAUGAGAAGACCAUACGUUCCUUUUUAUCUUUAGCAUCACCGAUUCCUUUGUAAUGAAAAGGAAUAUGUAAUGACGCCAUCUAACUUUUGGCUAAACAACAAUGUUUGUGGGAAACAGUGUCAGCAAUGGUGAGAGUUCUCAGUGCAACACAAA